UUCGUUGGCAAGCAAAGAACCAAGAUUAAAAAUAGUCAAAUUCCUUUCGCAUCCAAAGCUACAGAGAAGAGAAAGGGCAAAACCGAAAGCAAUAACUGUCUCAAAUGGCGUUGCAGUGGAUGAUACUCACUUACGUCGUCGCUGUGGAGGCGGUUCUCGCGGCGGUCUUAACCCUUCCAUCUCCGAAGCUUUUGAAGUAUCGAUUGGUGUCUCUUGUCUCUCUGCUUCUCCAACCUGCUCUCUUCAUCGUUCCUUUCGCUGGCUUCCAGCUCCUCGAUAUCUAUUGGAAGAAUGAGCAUCGCUUGAUGUGCACUUCUGAGAUCUGCACUGCCUCUGAGAGGGAUCGUUAUGAGAAAUCGAUCUACAAAGCUCAAAGGAACGUGAUUUUAUGUGCUUCAGCUUGCUUGCUCUACUGGUGUAUCUAUCGCAUAUGCAAAUAUUAUAAGGAGAUCCAAAAUUUGGAGGAGGUGGAGAAGAGGUACAAGAAAGAGUAGUUGACAGGACCCUUCAAGUGGGACAAAAAUUCACUGAACUUCAAAUAGAUUUCAUACCUGGCUUGAGGCACAUUUAUUGUGCAUGAAUCAUGGGCAGAUAAGUGAUGUAAUCACAAUAAGAUAAUAGUAUGUGUGAAAAUGAUUACAUUGAAUUAGGGGAAUCCAUAUCUUGUUUCUAGCAGAAUUUGUUGUAUGUGAACACCUAGAGUUGCCUAAAAGCAUCCUCGUGUUGAUAGGCGUUGGAGAUAAACUAGUCGUUGUUGUGGUUCCUUUGAAAUUAUAGAAACAUGUGUAUCCAAACCAGAAUCGAUGGGCGUAGAAUUUUGAGUCUUUUGAAAAAAUGUGGAAUUUGCAUA